AUGAAUGGAAUACCGGAACACACGGAAUAUGGUCUAUUUGUCGGCGACACUGCUCUAUGGACAUCUUCAAACACAACAUCAAGCGUUAGUAACAGAUUACAACAAGCAACAGAUACAUUUCAAAGUUGGUGCAAAUCAUGGAAACUAAAACUUCAACCAACAAAAACUGAACGAGUCCAUUUUACUGUCCAUCCAAGAAGAAAAUUUAAAAAUCCAAUCUCCGUAAAAAUAGAUGAUCUAACAAUUCAACCAACACAUUCUACAAGAUACUUAGGCAUCAUCAUCGAUAAAACGUUAAAUUGGAGAAGUCAUAUCCAUCAUAUCGAAUCGAAGAUUGCUAGUCGUAUCAGUUUACUAAGAUUCUUAAAUAAAGCAUCUUAUGAACCGAAUGAUAGGAUAAUGUUAAACAUCUUUAAGGCAAUAGCAAGAACGAUCCUUAUAUAUGGUUAUCCAAUAUUACUCACAGCGAAUGAUAAAAUAUGGGAACGCCUACAGAUAAUCCAAAACAAAUCAAUAAGUGCAGCAUUAGGAUUGCCCAUCUACACAUCAGUUGAAUAUAUCCAUAAAAUUAGCAACAUGCCAAAAAUUAAAGAAUAUGCUGUGACAUUACUGCAAAGAUAUAUUCAAACUGCAACAUCCAACAACGAUAAUGAACUAAAGCACAAUUUACAAGAAAAAUUGAACCAACUUUAA